AUGAGCAAUGUCGGGAUCUUUACUGGCAGCAACGGCCUGCCGGACAAUGGCCGGCUGCAGGUGGCUGGUGACAAAGGCGGCAACGACCUGGUCGUUGAGACGCAGGAUCAUGUGGGCGGCCCGCUGCGACUCGGCGCAUUAUUGGGCCAGUCGGUCGGCUUGCUGAUCCCAGGAGGAGACGGCUUGUUGAACGCGGAGGUAAUAAGGAUAUGGUUGAUGGUGACGACCUAG